GUUUCACGGGAAAGUGUCCCCCAAGAAGGCAGGGGCCCUCAUGAGGAAGUUCGGCAGCGACCACACCGGAGUGGGACGCUCCAUCGUGUACGGCGUCAAGCAAAGAGAUGGACAGGAGCUGAGUAAUGACUUGGAUGCCCAGGUUUCCACAGAGAGCAGAUGGUUGCCGGGAAUGGAACCCCGGCACUUGGAACCAGAGCCUGGGCUCUCAGGUGCCUCUGCAUGAGACCAGGCAGACGGAGUGAGGUGCUUGCCGCCUUCCCGCAGCUGGAAACAACGGAGAGUCAGACAAACCUACAGCUGAUCCCAAGCACUGAGCCUAAAGCCAUGCAGCCUCAGAGAGGCCGGGACCCACCAGAGGACAUGAAACAAGACCGUGACAUCCAGGCAGUAGCGACCUCUCUCUUGCCACUGACAGAGGCCAACCUACGAAUGUUCCAACGGGCCCAAGACGACCUCAUCCCUGCUGUGGACCGACAGUUCGCCUGCUCCUCCUGUGACCAUGUGUGGUGGCGCCGGGUUCCCCAGCGGAAGGAGGUGUCCCGUUGUCGCAAAUGCCGAAAGCGCUAUGAGCCUGUGCCGGCUGAUAAGAUGUGGGGCCUGGCUGAAUUCCACUGCCCAAAGUGUCGGCAUAAUUUCCGGGGCUGGGCACAGAUGGGGUCCCAGUCUCCUUGCUACGGAUGCGGCUUCCCAGUGUAUCCCACUCGGAUCCUCCCCCUACGCUGGGACCCGGAUCGCCGUAGCACACACACCCACUCCUGCUCUGCUGCAGACUGCUACAAUCGGAGAGAGCCCCAUGUGCCAGGGACCUCCUGUGCACACCCCAAAAGCCGCAAACAGAACCACCUCCCCAAAGUCCUGCACCCCAGCAACCCCCACAUCAGCAGCGGGUCCACCGUGGCCACAUGUCUGAGCCAGGGAGGCCUCCUGGAUGACCUGAACCAUCUGAUCUUGGAGGAUCUGAAUGAGGAGGAGGAAGAGGAUGACGAGGAGGGAGCACCCCGGGAGUGACCCCAGCCAGGCAAACCCACAAAUGAACAGACCAACCAUAGUAUGUGGGUACUUCUUGUUUCUAUAAGAUACAAGCUCACAGAGAGUUAUAAAUGCCCUUGGGGAGUCGUCUGGGCCUAAGAGACUAGCAGUGGGGGCUCCUGGAACCCCUAAGACCUCAGAGACAGGGAGCAUCAUGGCCUCAGUGGCCGGAUCAGCAUAGAAACCUUCUUGAGUGAGUAUGCCCCACCACGGAACUCAGCCCAGUACACACCGUCCUGGUAGCGGCUCCGGUAAUGACCGCCAUGGUGCCACACACCAUUGAGGUUGGAGUGGGCACACGCAUGGUACCACCAGCCACCACGCUGGUACAAAGCACAGUUACCUAGGGGAAGAGAGAGAAUCUGUGUCCCCACCAAAGUAAAAGUCUCUACCAGCACCUCUGUGCAAAGUUUUUGCAGGCAUCCCUCAGCCCCUCCCAAUCUUGCUGAAAUAAGCUUGCACUUCCACCUCCUUACCAAAAUAAAAGCCCUGGCUUCUCACUUUA